AUGAAUGAAUCUCUAAUAAAUUCUAAGGGCGAAGUUGAAAAUGUUAAGGUUUCGGUUCGUUGUCGUCCACUCAGCAAACGGGAAAAAGAAAUUGGUUUCGUUCAACCAAUAGUUGAGGUUGAUUACACAGGAAAGUCAAUUCUCGUUGCGAGUUCAAACGGUCAAAGCGAUUUACUUAAAUGUUAUCAGUUUGAUGAAGUAUUUGGACCGGAUUCGUGUCAAUCUGAUGUUUACAAUUGUAUAGCUCGUCCAGUGGUUGAAAAUGUACUUGAGGGAUUUAAUGGAACGGUUUUUGCAUAUGGCCAGACUGGAACAGGGAAGACAUACACUAUGUCUGGGGAUCCAAAUAUAGGAGAACAAGGGAUUAUCCAAUAUUCAUUUGCACACAUUUUUAAUCAUAUUGCCGAAAGUGGACAUGAUAAAAGAUUUCUUGUCAGAAUUUCCUACAUGGAAAUAUACAACGAAGAAUUGCGUGAUUUGCUUGUUCGUACAGUCCCAGGAGCAGUACAGUCGUAUUUAGAGAUAAAGGAGCGUGCGGAUGUCGGUGUUUAUGUAAAGGAUUUAUUGAGUGUCACAGUUUCAAGUGCUGACCAAUGCAUGCGAAUUAUGCAGUUAGGCAACGCAAAUAGUUUAUUAAGGACUGACAAUAUUAUUUUAUAA